UCUGUUCCCCAUGUAAACCAGAGAAGAGAACCUUCCCUCCGCUCCCUCCCUCUUUCUCUUCUCCACGUUGCCCCACAACGAUCCCAACGCCGUUCCCGUUACGCUCCCGUCCGCCAUUACAUUCCCAUCCAUCUCCAAUUGCUGAUAAGACCACUCCUCCCCUCCAGCGAUCGAUGAUUGGCCUGCGCCAUUAAUGCUGAGGGCUUCGAGGCUACCAGGAUGCUAGGGUUUGCGUUUGGGCUAUUAUGAGAUCCGGGAGCGAUCCCGAUCCCGAUCUUGAUCGCGAUGGGUGUGGCAGUGAGAAGGUUUGAUCCCCGUGGCUUCUUCUUGUUUUCCCCCAAGAAGCGGCUCCGCGCCAGCUGGUCCUGGAAGAAGAGGGCGAUUCCCCGCUCGGUUCUGUGCGGGUCGAUGCUUUUCGCCCUGGGCGUCAUCUCGCUCUUCAUCGGCCAGAUCGCGGCCGACCUCGAGUUGUCGCGCCUCCGGGGACGGUGGCGACCCAAGCGGGGCCGCAAUGAGCCAAUUGAUAUAUGGAAGUCAAAAUAUUCAGAUCUGUACUAUGGUUGUAGUGAUAGAGGCCCUCAUUUCAGAUCUGCAGUACGUGAAAGCAAGUCUAAUGGUUACUUAUUAAUAGCAACAAGUGGAGGACUAAAUCAACAAAGGACAGGGAUAACAGAUGCAGUUGUUGUUGCGUGGAUUCUAAAUGCCACUUUAGUGGUUCCUGAGCUGGAUCAUCAUUCUUUCUGGAAAGAUGACAGUGACUUUGCCAACAUUUUUGAUGUUGACUGGUUCAUUUCCUCACUUUCAAAAGAUGUCACCAUAGUCAAGAGGAUUCCGGAUAAAGUAAUGAGAUCAAUGGAAAAACCUCCUUAUACUAUGCGCCCUCCAAGGAAAUCAGUUCCUGAAUAUUAUCUGUACCAAGUGCUGCCAAUUCUCUUGCGGAGGCAUGCUGUGCAGUUGACGAAGUUUGAUUACAGGCUUGCUAACAGACUUGAUGAUGAACUGCAAAAGUUACGCUGCCGUGUGAAUUAUCAUGCACUAAGGUUUACAAGGCCUAUCCAAGUACUUGGUCAAAGUUUGGUAAAGAGAAUGCGAGAGAUGAGUUCUCGAUUUAUUGCUGUCCACUUAAGGUUUGAACCAGACAUGCUUGCAUUUUCUGGUUGUUAUUAUGGUGGUGGGGAGAAAGAACGCUAUGAGCUAGGUGAAAUAAGGAAGCGUUGGACAACACUACCUGAUCUGAGUGCCGAGGAUGAGCGUAGUCGAGGGAAAUGUCCUUUGACUCCACAUGAAGUUGGUUUAAUGCUAAGAGCUUUGGGUUUUGAAAAUGAUACAUACAUGUAUAUUGCAUCUGGAGAUAUAUAUGGUGGAGAACAGACCCUCCAGCCUCUUAAAGAUCUUUUUCCAAACCUCUACACAAAGGAGAUGCUUGCUGGGGAUGAUUUGAAGCCAUUUCUUCCCUUCUCUUCUCGUCUUGCUGCCAUUGACUACAUUGUCUGUGAUGACAGCGAUGUGUUUGUCACAAACAAUAAUGGAAACAUGGCCAAGAUGCUUGCUGGCCGCAGGAGGUACAUGGGACAUAAAAGAACUAUUCGGCCAAAUGCUAGGAAGCUUAGUUCUCUGUUUAAGGCACAGAAGCAUAUGGAUUGGGAGACAUUUGCAAAGAAGGUGAAGGCAUGCCAGAGAGGCUUCUUGGGGGAACCAGAUGAGAUGAGGCUGGGACGAGUUGAAUUCUAUGAAUUUCCAUCUUCUUGCAUCUGCCAGAAAACAGGCGAGCCCUUUGGUGAGGAUUCGAAGAAGCCUGCCGAACAGCUCACUGGAGGACUUCAUCAGGUACCUGAGUUAGAUAAUAGUGGAGUUUAGACAACAAAUUGCCCAACCUGACUGAGGGUAAAAUUAAAGAUGUUACAUCUUGAGGGGAUACUAUGGAAGAGUUCCUGGCCAGGGUGAGUCAUGGGAAAGGAAAAGGAUGCAUUAAAGUGUCCUGCAUCCUAGCUGACAUUGACUUGGUCAACUUAAGUCAACCAACCUUCGCCCUGUUUAUUGAUUGAUCAUUUUCUAACUGGAGCACUUACGCCUAGGCUGAUCUUGUCUAGUUUUAUGGAGGCUAGGGUUGUUAAUUUAUGGCUGUAUUGGUGACUCAGAUUUAGGAAGACUGGCAUAAAACUGUACUCAGAUCUGCACAAGGGGAAGGAAUUGACCGCAGUUGGCUUGGUUGAUUGUAAUAUAUAGAAAUUACUUUUGUUCGC